UACAGUUAGAAGUGGUCGUUCGGGAGUUGCUCCUGUACUUUUGUGCUAUGAGAGUUGGGUAAUGUGUUGAAGAAAAAAAGAGAAAAUGCUAUUACUCAGUUGAACGUACGCGAGGGAUCUAUUUUUACGCAACGGAGUGUUUACGCAUUAACUAGACCAAUAUUCGAGGAGUGGAGCCUGCAGGAUAAUUACCUCGUGCGGCGUCGAAGUCCCCCGUUGACAGCCUCCAGUGCCGGCGUGCAACAGCUCGACCAUGACGGCGCCCAGGACCUCGGCACGGAGGGGGGGCGGCGCAGCGUGAGGACCUCCGGCCGGAAGGAAGCCCCGAGGAAGAGGGAGGAGGAGGAGGAGGAGGAGGAGGAUUUGAGAGGAAGCUGGGCAUGAUGCGUCUGUUCCGGCGCCGCCACAGCGACCCCCGCAUCGUUUCCAGCCCGAGCAAAGAUGUCGUCGCCGCCUCCCCCGCCCCGCAGAAGGGCGGCCCCGCCACGCCCGCGCAGCAGAAGGGGACCUCGGCGACGCCCUCGCGAGGAGUCCUCUUCCAAAGGACGCCCGGGAAGGAGGGAGACGAGGUGAGGGGCGCCAAGCAGGAGGGCAGAGAGGGCGGCCCGCACUACCAGACGGUGACGGCGGUGCCGGCGAGGGUGCUGGAGACGGCAGCCCACGGCGCGUCCAACGGCGCUGCCAGCACUGCCGUCAGCUCAACCCCGCCCUCCUCGACUAACACUACGCCGAAGACGCCAAAGAAAGCCCUGGCCACGUGGGGGAGGCGCGUGGGCAAGAAGCUCGAGCAGCUGACGCGGACGCCCAGCAAGGAGAAGGUCAGCUCCAACAUGUUCUCCAGAAGCAGCUCCACCAGGUCAGCGGGAACCGGCUCCUCCCCGCCGUCGUCGGGGGGCGCGUCCUGGGGCGGCAGUUCCGUGCCCGGGACGCCCUCCCCGGAAAGCCGCAGCGGCGAGGCGCGGCAGCUGUACCGCUCGUGCUCGGCGUCGCAGCUGGGCACGUACCUGGCGGGCGACGACCCGGCGUCGGGCCUGGACCUGAGCGCGUCGCCGCCCUCCGCCCCCCCGUACAUCCCGACCAAGACGGUCAGCUGCGAGAACAUCGCCUCCCUGGGCGGCGCCAGGGCGUCCUUCCCCCACGCCUUCCUGCGCUCGCGCCCCCAGGCCGCCAGCGCGCAGCAGGCGGAGGGCCAAGAGCAGCACACGCCCAUCACCGAGACGCCCUCGCGGCCGCCCAGCAAGCGGGUGACGACCCUGCGCGACUCGGUGUGCGACGAAGACACGAGGGAGCUGAUUCGGCAGAAGCUGCGCGCCGUGUCGGAGGAGAACUGCGCGGCGAGCCCCGCCCUGCGCAGCCUGAGCGGCCUCAAGCUGCGGCUGCACGCCAUCCCCGCGCCCCUCCAGCCCCGCUCGCGCUCCUUCUCGGCGACGGCCAUCGAGUCGGACGCCGCCUACGCGGCCGAGCGCCCCCCCACCCGCCACGGCGCGCGCGUCCACCGCUCCGACAGGUUCCGCGCGCGCAGCGAGGGCCGGUCGGCGGCGGUGUACCUGAGCAGCAACGAGAGCGGCUACGAGUCCGACGGCGCGAGGCAGGAGUCCCCGAAGGCGAGGGCGAAGAAGGCGGAGAGCGACGCGGACUCCGGCGUGAGCACGGAGAGCCACUCGGAGACCAACUCCGACUCGGGCUCCCUCACGGGCGCCGACGGCACCGGCCUCGACCACUACGCCAAGCUCGACGCCUGCGCGAAGCUGGACGACUUCGCCAAGCCCGACAGCUACUCCAAGGCCGAGAGCUACGCCAAGCUGGAGGAGCUCGCGCGCGAGCCCUUCGCGCACGCGAGCAGCGACUACGCCGACUGCAGCGUCACGCCCAAAUACAGCGACGACUACACCGACUACAGCAGAGUGCUGCGCCACAGCAGGCUGGAGCGGCAGAGCAGCGGCCCGUCGCCGUCGCCGUCGUCUGCGUCCAAGUACAACCUGACGGACGAGGAGAAGCUCGUGCCCGGGCGGUCGCGCGGCUCGCGGCGCCUCUCCGACCCGCCCGACCUGAUGAGUCGGCGCCAGAGGUUCCUGGCGUCGCAGCUGGAGCGCCGCACGUCGCCGCUGAGCCCCCUGCGAGGCGCCCUCAGCGUGUUCCGCGAGGCCUCCGAGGACGGCGAGCGGUGCGCGUGGUGGGACGAGUCAAGCACGCCCCUCCGAGGGCACCUGCGGGCGGCGGCGCUCGCGCACCCCGUGCCCGAGUCCUACUCCACGGCGCCGCUGUCGCUGCCCGUGUCCCUGGCGCGCUCCCCCACGCCGCGCACCUUCCGCCUCAUGCGGCUCGUCAAGGACCACACGGGCGAGCUCGGCAUCUACAUCACCGCCCGCAGGAACGCCCGCGGAGCCACCACCGGAUACGUCAUCGCGCACAUCGAGAAGGGCGGCCUCACCGACAGAGACGGCCGCUUCCGCGUGGGCGACGAGAUCAUCAACGUGAACGGGCGGCGGCUGCGCGGCGUGACGCUGGACGAGGCGCGCCACAUCCUGCGCAGCACGCCCAAGGAGGUGGACAUCGUGAUCGCGCGCGACGUGGACGUGCACCUGCACCGCGAGUACAGCGGGCAGUGCCACGCCCGCGACGAGAAGCCCUCGGAGGUGGAGGCGGCGCGGCGGCUGAGCGAGGCGUGCGGCGAGCUCUACACGGCCGACCGCGCCUUCCGCCAGGACCUGCUGGACGCUGACGACGUCCUGGGCGUGAGGCGGGAGCACUUCGUGCCCUACUCGGACCGGAGCCUGCCCCGGCGGCGGGGGUCGUACUCCGAUUACGACGACUACGGCGACUACAGCACCCUGGCGCCGCUCGAGGCGUACCUGCCCGGCUACGACCCCUCCCGCGCCACCGUGUCCGUGUCCGGCCCGGUGUCCGUGACGGUGCCUCUGGCCGACUGCCCGACCUCUCUGCCCGCGACGCUGCCCCCCGCCGCCUCGGAGAAGUCGUCUACGACCUUCGCCCCCUCCUACCUGGGCGCCCGCGACGACUACUACGACGUGCACGUGUCCCGCAAGAGCAACCUCCCGCGCUACGUGAACGGCGAGGCGAGGUACUGCUCCUCACAGGACGUGCGCGACGCGGUGGACGUGCGCUACUCGUCGGCCAGCGACGUCAGACUCUGCGCCGACAAGACCUUCAACGCCGACAUCUACAAGUCGAAGCUGAUCCACGUGGAGCCUGAGGACUCGCUGGCCGAGGCCCGCCAGUCCAGCAUGAUCCCCAGGCUGUCGACGCCCCACCGAACGCUGGCGGAGAGCCGGUCCAGCCCCGCCACGCCCUCCAGGAAGUCCCCCUUCGGCAGCAGGAAGUACCCCCCCAUCACGCAGCGCUUCGCCAGUCCUCAGGGCUACACCAAGCUGCCGUCGCCCUCCAGGUCGGAGCCGCGGGGCCUGAGCUCGACCCUCCCGCGGCGGCCCAAGAGCCUGUCGAUGGCGGUGCAGACGGUGGUGUUCGAGAAGGGGCGCGGCCGGAAGUCCCUCGGCUUCUCCAUCGUCGGGGGGCGCGACUCCCCCAAGGGCAGCAUGGGGAUCUUCGUCAAGACCAUCUUCCCCAACGGCCAGGCGGCGGAGGAGAACAAGCUAAAGAACGGCGACGAGAUCUUGGCCGUGAAUGGAGAGUCGCUGUCGGGCCUGAGUCACGCCGAGGCCAUCGCCGUCUUCAAGUCUAUCCGCGCAGGCAAGGUCAUCAUGCACGUCGGGCGGCGGACGUCCAGCAGCAGCAGAUCUUCCAAGUCGAAGUCGUGCGACGAACUGGACAAGAUGGAGUGAAGGGCACGAGGUGGAGGUCCUUCCUCAGCGACGUCGGGCAUCGCUCGGGCUGGUUCGAGUCCGGACGAGACCCCCCCCCCCCCUAAAAAGAAAAGGGAAUUUGAGGCAGGAAAUACACGGAAAGCGAGCGACUGGAUGAGAGCGUUGCGCAGACUUGCUUGCAGUGAUGUUAUUUGUGUCGCGAGAUUGAAAUGAAAAUAGCAGGAGAGGAAAAGAAAAGGAACUUGUAAUAACGUCUUUGUGUUAUUCUUAAACUCUCGCAUGAGGGAAGUGAUUACUCGAGAUUGUCGGAUUUGUUGUGUACGGGUUUGAGCAACACCCUUGUGAAUCGCAUUUUAAGAGAAGUUUAUUUUUUAGUGGAACUGCUAAUGUAUAAUAUACGUGGUUAUAUUAUGCUAUAAUUCCCGGAAGGAGCGCGGGAAAGUGCCUUUAUUUAUGCAGUGUACAUAAUUUCGUUUUAUAGCUUUAAAGGGAACUUCUCUCUUUUGUUUUAAAUGAAAGUUUCGGAACAAGUGAUGAGGAUUUAUAAUUUUGUUUUGAAUUUUUUAUCGAGUUAGAAAAUAAGUACAAGGCAUGAUCUGGAAAUAAACGCAUCGCUCAAGAAAAUAAAGAUCGAUAUUGGAAAAAAAGAAAACCGCGCAUUUGUUCCCGUGUUGGCGAAGGGCGCAGGCAGCCGGGCUCCGUCGCCUCAGCGGACGUCUGCGGGAAAAAAAAACUCCUACAAUGUGCGGGGAAAAUAAUGCAGUGCAAUGGAGCUCGACUUACGGCCUGGCGGAGAAAGUGCAGGAAAAAAAGCUCAGCCUCACAUCAGUAGAAAAAAAAAUAAGAUAACUAAUGAUUAAUAUAAAAAAGGAGCGAAAAAUGGGGUAGAUUCUGGCUUCAAAAAACUCGCAACGGCCCCUCAUUUCGCUGCGACAGAGCUUUCGAGAUGAAGAAUCUAAUAAACGACCUCUGUACAGUUCGAUAUGAUAGAGAAAUUUAUUUACAUAGUCUUACAUAUUGUAUAAACACAACUAGUUUACGAGUUUAUGUAAGAGUAUUUUUUGCCAGAUUUAUUACGAGUUAAUGUACAGUUUGUUUAAUACUCAGUGUGCUCUGAGAUCAGUACAAUUCGUGCUACUUAAUCUUAGAUUUCAUAGUAUCAGAAAAUCACUGUACAUACAUUAGUCUGCACAAUUUUAUAAUAAUUUCUUCUAGACCUUUUCUCUGUUUUAUUUGUUUUUUUGUUCUAGUCUUUUAAUAAUUUUUCUCUGUGAUUUUUUUUUUUUGUAAAAUAAAUAUUCCCAGUGAA